UCCAUGGUGGCCCAGGCGUCUUUAAUUCAAACCGUAACCGCAUUUCGAAAAUUUGAAUUCAUCUCUCCGCAGCUCGCAACCCCUGUUGUUUAACGGUCUCUCUCCCUACUCCAUCUCCGAACCUUAAGUCACUGUGUCUGCGUCUGAAGCGAAAUCGAUCCUCACCGGACAAGCUAUUUCGACUACAGAAAUUUCAUUUCGGAUUCCUCAGCUUGAACUACACAAGUAUAGAUAUAAUGGCGGCAGAUAUGGCUAGCCUUAAGGCAUCCCAAACGGAGAACAUUUCGACUCCGGAAAGACUCCAAACCUCACAAUCUUGCUUAAUAUCUAAGGUGAAAGUCAUUGUAAGAGUUCGCCCCUUUCUUCCUCAAGAAAUCUCGGCCAGAAAUGGGAACUCAGUCUCUUGCGCAUCGGUACUUCACUCUGAUUCUGAAACUUCCGAUGAAGUCACCGUUCAUCUCAAAGAUUAUGAAACUAGCCGAAAGGAAUUUUACAAGUUGGAUGGUUUUUAUGGGCAUGAUGACAACAAUGUCGGUCAAAUUUUUCACAAGGAAGUUAGCCAUUUGAUCCCAGGGGUGUUCCGUGGCUACAAUGCAACCGUAUUUGCAUAUGGGGCAACUGGGAGUGGAAAAACUUACACCAUGCAGGGAAGUGCUGAGAUACCUGGUCUAAUGCCACUUGCAAUGUCAUCCAUCCUUUCAAUUUGUCAAAGCACUGGAAGUACUGUGGCCAUCUCUUACUAUGAGAUUUAUAUGGAUAAAUGCUAUGAUUUGCUAGAACUGAAAAAUAAGGAAGUUGCUAUAUUGGAUGAUAAAGAUGGGCAGAUUCAUCUGAAGGGACUUGCACAAGUUGGAGUUAACUCAAUGUCAGGCUUUCAUGAGAUUUUCUCUGCUGCAAUUCAGAGAAGAAAAGUUGCCCAGACAAGUCUUAAUGAUCUCUCUAGUCGGAGCCAUGGCGUGCUUGUCAUAUCUGUUUCCACACCUUGUCAUGAAACCUCAGGGAAUGUUAUCACUGGGAAGCUGAAUCUCAUUGAUUUAGCAGGAAAUGAAGACAACAGGAGGACUUGCAAUGAAGGAAUUCGUCUCCAGGAGAGUGCCAAGAUCAACCAGUCCCUUUUUGCAUUGUCAAAUGUGAUCUACGCAUUGAAUAACAACCAAUUGCGAGUACCUUAUAGGGAAAGCAAAUUGACACGUGUACUGCAGGAUUCCCUUGGAGGAACAAGCCGUGCUUUGAUGAUUGCUUGUUUGAACCCUGGAGAGUACCAGGAAUCUGUUCAUACAGUCAGUUUAGCAGCGAGGUCAAGGCACAUUUCUAACUUUUUAUCAUCAGCUAAAAAAGAAAAUACUCCAAAAGUUAAAGUUGACAUGGAAGCAAAGCUUCGUGCUUGGCUGGAAUCUAAAGGCAAGACAAAAAGCACACAAAGGCCAAAGGUGGUUUCUUCUCCAUUUACUAGUAAAACUCCAAGUUCACUGUGCUCAGUCAAAAAAGUUAAUAUGUGUCCAAGUUCAGUUAAAGCAAAAUUGUUUAGCAACCAAGGUGCUUCAGGUUUAAAGCAGAGGGCUCCCGAUGUUCCUUUUAGAAGCUUAUUCGGUAGUAGACAUGAUUUUAUCUCUGUUCUAGAGGCACUAGACCAUGUUAAUGGUACAAAUUUGGAAACAAAGCUUGAGGUUUCAGAAGAAAGAGACAAAGAGUCUAAUAAUUGUAAAUCUGAUAAUCAAGUGGUAAGGGAGGAGAAAAAUGCAAAUGUUGAAUCUGUCAACCCUGUAAGAUCAUCACCCGCUACUAAGAAAACUAAUGCAUUUCAAAGUCCACCCAGGAAAGCCCUUUCUCCAAUUAUCACCAACAUAAACAUUGAGAAUGUUUCAGAAAAGGAGAAGAGACAUAUAUUCCUGUCUGAUCCAGAUAACAUUGCUGAUAAUACAUUUCAAGUGCUAGGAACACCACUUGAUAAACUUCAUACGAGGAGUUCCAAUCUGAAGAGCUCUCUUGCCCAGGAAUAUAUUGAAUUUCUGAACGCAGCCAACAGGGAGGAACUGCUGGAGAUAAGGGGUAUAGGACAGAAACUUGCUGACUACAUUAUUGAACUAAGGGAGGAAAGCCCCUUGAAAUCGCUUAAUGAUUUAGAGAAGUUGGGCCUUUCGUCAAAACAGGUGCAAAACCUGUUUGGUAAAGCUGCGAAGAUCUUAUUUGAAUAGACCUGUGUACCAACACCUUGUUGUGUCGUAAUGAUCUAGGAUUAUUUGUAUCAUAUCAGUUGGGCUAAUACUCAUAUCUGCUGAGUGCUUGGCCAAUUUGUGUCUGUAUGACUGAAAUGUAUGUUAAUUGAAUGAGGUGUGAGGAAACUAGGAAACACAGUAAUCUAACUAAUGUAGCAUUGUUGGCUUGUGUGUGCAGCCAUUGGAUAAUUGUUUGAUUUGUUUCUGAUAAACCUGUGCUAUAGAAGUCUUUGUAGUUUGUACUUUA